CAAUAAUUCCUCUUCUUCCAAGCAUAUUUGAGUGACUCUCAGUUCUAAGUUUUAAUGGCAUCCUCAUUGGAAAUAGACAACAACCAAACAGUCCAUGACCAUGAAACCAGGGAAGAAGAAGAAGAAGAAGAAGAAAGCUUCUCCUAUGCUUUGCAGCUGGUGAGUUCCUCUGCUCUGUCCAUGUCAUUGAAAUGCGCUGUGGAGCUGGGCAUAUUCGAUAUCAUAAGCAAAGAAGGUGAAGGGGCAAAGCUCUCCCCAACAGAGAUUGCAGCCCACUUGGGCACCAACAACCCUGACGCACCCACCAUGCUGGACUCCAUCCUUAGGCUCUUGGCCUGCCACUCUGUCCUCAACUGCUCUGUGGUUGCUGAUGAUAACAAUAAUAAUAUUAAUGGCUCUUUGCAGUUGCAGAGGCUAUACAGUCUUGGUCCCGUCUCCAAGUUCUUUGUCACCAACAAAGAUGGUGUUUCAUUGGGCCCCUUGGUGUCGCUCAUGCAAGAUAAAGUCUUCUUAGCUAGCUGGUCUGCUUUUUAUAUUCAAUAAUUAUUUUUUUUGUUC